GCCGGGUCUCCCCAACACGGAGCCUUUCUUUCCAGAGAAGGUGUGGGAGCUGGAGCCACCAAGACUUUCCCGGGCACCCAAAAUGCGCUCCAUCAGGAAGCGGUUGACGAUCUGCACGAUAAGUCUGCUCCUGAUCUUUUAUAAGACAAAAGAAAUAGCCAGAACUGAGGAGCACCAGGAAACGCAACUCGCUGGAGAGGGUGAAUUAUGUUUGAGUCGAUCACUUGUCAAUAGUUCCGAUAAAAUUAUUCGAAAGACUGGCUCGUCAAUCUUCCAGCACUCUGUAGAAGAUUGGAAGAUCAAUUCCUCUUUAGUUCUGGAGAUAAGGAAGAACAUACUUCGUUUCCUAGAUGCCGAAAGAGAUGUCUCCGUGGUCAAGAGCAGUUUUAAGCCUGGUGAUGUCAUACACUAUGUGCUCGACAGGCGUCGGACACUAAAUAUUUCCCAUGAUCUGCAUAGCCUCCUACCUGAAGUUUCACCAAUGAAAAAUCGCAGAUUUAAGACCUGUGCAGUUGUUGGAAAUUCUGGUAUUCUUCUAGAUAGCGAAUGUGGAAAGGAGAUUGACAGUCACAAUUUUGUAAUAAGGUGUAAUUUAGCCCCUGUGGUUGAGUUUGCUGCAGACGUGGGAACGAAAUCUGAUUUUAUUACCAUGAAUCCAUCCGUUGUACAAAGAGCCUUCGGAGGCUUUCGGAACGAGAGCGACAGAGAAAAAUUUGUGCAUAGACUCUCCAUGCUGAAUGACAGUGUCCUUUGGAUCCCUGCGUUCAUGGUCAAAGGAGGAGAGAAGCACGUGGAGUGGGUUAAUGCAUUAAUCCUUAAGAAUAAACUGAAAGUGCGAACUGCUUAUCCAUCAUUGAGACUUAUUCACGCUGUCAGAGGUUACUGGCUGACAAACAAAGUUCCCAUCAAAAGACCCAGCACAGGUCUUCUAAUGUAUACACUUGCCACACGAUUUUGUGAUGAAAUUCACCUGUAUGGAUUCUGGCCAUUCCCUAAGGACUUAAAUGGAAAAGCUGUCAAAUAUCAUUACUAUGAUGAUUUAAAAUAUAGGUACUUUUCCAAUGCAAGCCCUCACAGAAUGCCAUUAGAAUUCAAAACAUUAAAUGUGCUACAUAAUAGAGGCGCUCUAAAACUGACAACAGGAAAGUGUGUGAAGCAAUAAAGCACAGUGGAAAACAAACAGAACUGAAUAUGCACUUCUUUCCUGAAGAUGCAUCCUAAAAUUCAAAAAUAGGAUCCAAACCAAGACUGGGUUUCAACAUCUGCCAAGCAACUGGAAGAUUUGAUAUAAUCCAUUACCAGCUGAUGAAAUACCUGAAAAGUGCUCUAAAAAUUAAAUAUUUUGACUUCAAGGGUCCUAGUAAGUGCCACUUCCACUAAGAACACAGCUUGAAUGUAUAAUCAGUAGUGUUUACAAGAUCCAGCAAUGCAUCCAUCGUUCAGUAGAGCAACUCUGUCCAUCACCGCUGGGCUGCCACUGCAAAGCCAAGCACAUAGAAGAAGAGGAUCCCCGGAAGACAACUCACCCCUUGGGGAAAUCAAAUCGUCCUUGACGGCGGAGAUCAUGACAGAAACCGUUUGAGCAGUGAAAUCCAUACGAUUAAGCCACUUAAGUAAAUGCCUUCUGUCAGGACUGAGUCUGAUCACGAAUCUUAUGUUUCUGUUUAUAUUUUUGUUUGUGUUCUGGAAUCUCUUGGUUUGGGUGUUAGGGUGCUUAAAAUUCCUUUCUCAGAUAAAUAUGAAUGACAUAAUCUUAAAAUAAUCAUUUAAACCAUUUUUUUCCUUAAAGGAACAAUCUCACAAAGAGAUUUUUUAAAGUUUUAGUUUGCACAACUCUAAACCUCCGAACAUUUUUUUAUGAUGGUGUGGAAGGUACCAGACGAGCUGUACCACUUAGUAAUAUUUUAAAAGAUGUUCCAUGUUAUCUGAGACAGUAAAAUUAGCAGAAAAAAACCCAUGUACUUUUGGUACCAAAGAUUAUACUGAUGUUUCUACACAACAAACCGUUCUGCUUUCAUUAAAAUGAUAUAUCAUUAAUGUAUUAAUAAUAUGCUACAUCAUUAAUGUAGUAAUAAUAUGCUACUAAUAUGAAAGUGGUCACUGAGUAUUUUGCUUUUUUCUAAUUGCACACUUGAUUUUCAUUUGAAUUAAGAGUUCCACAUAACAUUUUUGUGGAGUCUCUUUGUCCUUUAGAAUAGAUGUUUAAAUGACAAAGUUAAAAUAUGACUUAAGGUGAUUUAAUAUUGUCCACAUCAUUCAAAUGGAAAACCUGCACACUCCUGGUACCAUUGUUAAAUUUCAUAGUACCAGAAACAAUAUGAUCAAGGCAGUGUUUGUUCCAUAGCAGAGGUGAUCAAUUUAAGAAGUUUAACAAUGACAAUAUGGGUCAAUAUUUUGCACUUCAAUUUUAAUAUUGUUUAUAGUAUUCAUUCUGUAUUUCAUUAUAGUCAUAUUACCACAGUGUUUUGGUUUAAAAAAAAACAGCAACAUUAAAUUACUGAGGCAAUUUUGUAAUAUUCAUAUAUAACAGAUUGGACUGAUAUGCCAGUUUUCUGAUCACUUAUUCUGCGCUCGUAGGUGAUUUUUAUGACAAGUUGUUUUGUUUGAAACAGAAAAGCAGAAGUGCUGUAUUCCCACUUCUACUCCCGGCCUGAAACAACGUGAUGAGGCUUCUUCUUCUUUAGAGAAAGCCAUCUGGGAAAAGAAGAAAUAGCAUGGGGGAAUCUAUUCUCUUUUGUUUUUGUUGUUGUGUUUUCGAGAAGGCAGCCUGAGAAAAUGCAUUAUGUCAAGCUAUUUCUUCUUUUCUAUAUAUUAACCGAAAAGGGUGUUCGUAGUUGAACAGUUCUCAGUAUUUUUCAAAUUUGGUAUCUUUUUUUUAAUAUGGCAGAAGUUUAGGAGACAGAAGAAUCCAUUUUCUGAGAAUCUGUGUGUCUCUUUGAAAGCAAAAUAAAAUGCUUACAGAAGAGGCAGAGCUGACAGUGUUUAGAACAUUGACGUUCUGUCAUUACACCACUUACCAAUUUUAAAAGUUUAAAGCAUUAGGUACCUGCUAACUGCAAAGUCCCAUUUAUUUGCCAAAUUAAAAGUAGGUGACUUUGAAGACCUGGGUUUGGAAUAUUUGCACAGGAUAAGUGGAUCAAGUCACCAUUACUUUAAAUUCAACGGGAGCUUAAAAGUCACAAAUAAAUUCUUACGUACAAAAUCCUUCGGAGCACCUAGUCAGGGUAUGUACAGCAAGGUACCUUGCCAGUUUGGCUGCUUUUGCAACAAAUGCAUUUAAACCGUUUUAAAGGCCACAGGAAAAGUUUCCCAACCAUCCACUGUUCUGUGCAUUGAUGUUUAUCUCACAGAUGCAUUGAGUAGUGCCUUUUCAACUUCUUCACGUUGCUUUGUUGCCCUGUGCUUUGUGUUCUCUAUGUACGUUGCCCAGUUCCAAAUAUGUCCAGCAUGAAAAAAAAAAAGGGCUUCAGUAUCGACUGAGACUACUUUUGUUCAUCUCAGGGAACUUUCAAUACUCUAGAAUGAAUUCAAUUAAAGGCGUUUAGCAUUCACAGAAGACAAAUUGUAUAAGACCAUUUCAUACCCUAUUGUAUAUCUUUCCAUCCUGCACCCGUCCCCACCCCCAAGACGUGCUGUGGCCUUCUUACAGGGACAUGGCAAGGAAAUAAUUGAAGGCUAACAGCAAGAUCAAAAAAGCAGUGUAGGUUUAUCCCAUAAGGGGGCAUAAGAUACCAUGACAAAAUCAAUCAUAAAUACAUACUUGAAUUAUUUGUUGUUGUUUAUCCUCCCCUUGGGAUAGUAUUAUAUGUUCACAACUUUUUUUUUUUGAUAUAUGAUUUAACCGUAUACCUGGCAAUGCUCAGGCAACAAUUGUGAAAAUAUUCUGGUACAUCAGAAAACAUUGUUGUCACUGUGCUGUUGACAUCAAGAAGCCAAUAGCAUAUUGUCUGGGCAAAUCUAAAGGUUCAGCUCACAGGACUGAUAAAAUUGCCGUGGAAGGUGCUGGGCAUUCAAAUGUCUUCAUAUAUUGUGUAUCAUAUGAAUUGUAUAUCAAUUGCUAAGGGGAAUUUCUACAUAUGCUUAGAGAAGCAAUCUAUUUAAAUAAUGCUAUGGUAGUGUACAUACCAACUAGUUAUAAGCUACAGAGGGGGAAAAAGGGGAUGACAAAGUAAUUUAUUUCUAACUGAGAGAAUCAUAAUGCACAUGAUUUGGCAUUUGGUUCAUAAAGGAGUUGUUUCCAUGUGGCUAUUGUAUGGAGUAUUAUCAUUGUAAAAGGGAUGUGGGAAGAGUUAGAUAUAGUUAGUUGUUAUCUCUGCAAAUUUGAAAGUUUUCCCAUCCUACAUUACUCAUAUUCUAAUGUUUUCAAAAUUCAGUGAGUGAGAAUUAUUGUUCGUAUUUGAAGAAAGUCCAAAUAAAGCCCACCUAGAAAUAGAUAUUUUAUUAUAUAUGUGCUAUAGAUAUAUCUGUAUCGUACAAAUAGACAUGUGUGAUGCAUACACACAGUGUUAUAUAUGUGCAGCUGUGUGUGUACACACAGGGUCUGGAAGCUAAACACAUCAGAUUUGUGUUAUUUUAACAUCUUCAGAGCCUCCCCUGUGGAUCACUCUGGAGACAAAGCCAUUUUAGAAUCUAGAAGUUCUUUUGAAACUGCAGUCACUAAACCUGCUUUAAGAGGGAACUACUUCAUAACUAAAUUAUAUGUUAUUCAUAGCUAGAAUUACAAUGAAGGUCAAGUAUAUCCAAAAUUUUACCAAAAAACAAAAAGUCUUCGAGCUGGUAAUAUAUUUGAAGUUUCAGAUUGUGGUUUUAGGCCUCCUUGUGUCUCUCACAUAAGUAGCACUUUGUAAUAAAUGCUGUUUCUUUGAGUAGCAAAAGCACAAGUGUUUCAAAUGUAUAUAGCAGGAACAAAAGAGUUUACAGAGAUAGCAUUGCUGCACAGGAUAAUUGCUACUGAGUAUUUCUUAUACAGUUUGUGGAGUUGAAAAAAUUAGGUUUAUUCUGUUAAAUUCAUUCUGUUCAACACUGUUUCCCUAUUGUUUGUGUAUACCGAUUGAGUAUUAUUGUUUUGUUAUUUGUAAAAUUGUAAAAUAAAUUAAAUAUCUUUUUUUU